AUGCCAAAGGUUAACAAGCAGAAGCGCAAUAGCGCCGCUUCACAGGGUCUAUCAGAUGCUGCUGCCAAGACAAAAGCUGCUCACAGCAUCUUCAAGAUGAACACUGAUAUUGGCCAGCACGUUCUAAAGAACCCUGGUAUUGCUGCUGCAAUUGUGGAAAAGGCCGAGCUCAAGCAAAGCGAUAUCGUCCUUGAAAUUGGUCCCGGUACUGGUAACUUGACAGCCAAGAUUCUAGAAAAGGCAAAGAAGUGCAUUGCCGUGGAGUUGGAUCCUCGUAUGGCUGCAGAAGUCACAAAGCGCUUCCAGUCCACUCCAUACCAAAAGCGCCUGGAGGUCAUUCUUGGAGAUGUGAUGAAGACGGAGCUCCCAUACUUCGAUGUCUGUAUCAGUAAUACUCCUUACCAGGUACAAAACCCCAUAUCUCCUUCAAACGCUGUCCCCGAGUCUAACAAAGUCAAGAUCUCUUCUCCUCUCACAUUCAAGCUCCUGGCUACAUCUCCGGCGCCUCGUUCCUGUGUACUCAUGUUCCAACGUGAGUUCGCUCUGCGUUUAUUCGCCAAGCCCGGCGACAAACUUUACAGUCGACUUUCAGUCAAUGCGCAAAUGUGGGCCAAGAUUGAUCAUAUCAUGAAGGUUGGCAAGAACAACUUCAAACCACCGCCGCAGGUCGAGUCAAGCGUCAUUCGAAUGGUCCCUAAGAACCCACGGCCACAGAUCAACUACGAAGAGUGGGAUGGCCUUUUGCGAAUUGUCUUCGUACGGAAGAACAAGACCCUUCGGUCCAGUUUCAUUGGCACGACAAGCAUCAUGGAAUUGUUAGAGGCAAACUAUCGGACAUGGUGUGCACAAAAUGACAUCCCGGUGGAGGAUGGCCCGGUUGAAGUCGUCAAUGACAAUGCCAUGGCAAUGGACAUGGACGAGGAGCAAGAAGAGGAACAGGCUGUCGAGGAACCGGUUGACGAAGUCAUGGAUAUGGACGAUGACGAUGUUCCUGAUUUCUUCAAGGAGAGCACAAAUGCCCGUCUCGAAGCAGCACUGAAGAAUGGAGCUUCACGCAAGAAGCGUAGCAAGGUUGCAGAAUUAGUCCGCGAGAAAGUGCGCCAGGUCCUAGAGGACGACACUGAUCUCGGAGAGAGGCGCGCGAGAAUGUGUGAUGAGAAUGAUUUCUUGAAGCUGCUGUGGGCAUUCAACCAAAAGGGCAUUCAUUUCAACUGA